CAGCGUGUCUACUCACUUGCCCAUCUAUUUUUCGACACUCACGCUGAUCCCUAUAAUUAUAAGCGGUCGAGGCAGCAGCUCCGCUUGAUUUCAGAUUCUCACUUCAAUCUAUCUCUCAGCUAAGCUCUCUUGAGGGGUGUUCUGGGGGUCGUCUUAUGUUACAUUACAUUGCCCUGACAGUCUGUCUCAUUUAGAUCACAUAGAACAAUGGUGAAGGCUGUGGCUGUUCUUGGAAACAGUGAGGGUGUCAAGGGUACUAUUCACUUCACGCAAGAAGCUGAUGGCUCUACUAAAGUAACUGGAAAUGUUUCUGGCCUUAGGCCUGGUCUCCAUGGCUUCCAUGUUCAUGCACUUGGGGACACGACAAAUGGUUGCAUGUCAACUGGACCACAUUUCAACCCUGCUGGCAAAGAGCAUGGUGCUCCAGUGGAUGAGAACCGUCAUGCUGGUGAUCUGGGAAAUAUCACUGCUGGUGCAGAUGGCGCAGCCAAAAUCGAAAUAACUGACAAGCAGAUUCCGCUUUCUGGACCAAAUUCCAUUAUUGGAAGGGCCAUUGUUGUCCAUGCAGAUCCAGAUGAUCUUGGCAAGGGGGGACAUGAACUUAGCAAAAGCACUGGAAAUGCUGGUGGCCGAUUAGCUUGUGGUAUUAUUGGUCUCCAAGGAUGAACUGCUCCUCCCAAUCCCGCUCAUGCAGAACAUACGUACUGCUCGUAUGCUUGUGAAGGACUCGAGCUAAACUCUUAAAUAAACGACGAACCUUUUUCAACUUUGUUUUGGGUGUCUGCUUUUGUGAUCAUAAAUUGGGUGCUACCUUGCUUCUC